AUGGGGAGCCCUAACAAUCACACUGGCUUGGAUAAUGGAGCAGUUUUAUCUCCGAUUGAGAGGAUACAGAUGACCGAAGGAAGUUUAGUUAUAGCUUCAGCCCUCCACCUUCUACUGGGCGGGAGCGGAUUGAUGGGCAAGCUCAUGAAAUACAUUGGCCCCCUGACGAUUGCCCCGACGAUUGUUAUGAUAGGAAUAUCUCUCUUCCGGCCGGCGCUCGAGCUAUCGGAGGGUCAUUGGGGUAUCACGGCAUUGACGUUCAUCAUCUUUAUGGCAAUGACGGCAUAUUUGGGUCACUUGUCUUUACCCAUUCCAGUCUGGACAAGAAAGAAGGGCUGUCACAAAAUACGUUACCCCAUCUUACAGAUCAUUGCGGUGUUGGCGGCUUUAGCGGGAGGCUGGCUGUUGAGUUAUAUCCUGACGGUGACGGGAAUGAUCACGGACGACCCGACCCUGGUGGAGUAUGAGGCUAGAUCAGACGCCAAGCUGGAUACCAUCCACCGGGCGGAGUGGUUCUACUUUCCAUAUCCAGGUCAGUUCGGGCCCCCGUCCUUCAGCCUUCCGUUGUUCACCGGCAUGGUCGUCUGUGUGCUCAUGUCAAUUGUGGAAUCCCUUGGUGAUUAUGUGGCGGUAAGCCGGAUCUGCGAGACUCCCUACCCCCCUCGGCAUGCCCUGAACCGAGGGGUCCUAGUGGAGGGCAUUAGCAGUGUCGUCUCGGCCGUAUUUGGAGUCGGGCAUGGAACCACGUCCUACAGUGAGAUGAUAAGUAUCAUCGGGCUAACAAAGGUAAACACAUCUGCUACAAAUAGAGAUGUUGAGCUAUAA